AUAGAAAGGAACAUAUUGUGAAAUGGCUGUUUUGAGAUCAAUUUGCUCCUCUAAUUCUGAAGAAUUUAUGAACUGUUGUCUGGAACCAUCUGUAUGUUAUAAUAGUAUAUCAUGUAUCUUAGAUAAACUGAUCUCUCAACAUUGCUCACUCAAUCAACCUAGUUCUGGCAACAAAGUAAUUUCUCCUACUGCGGGGCAGCAAAAAUUGAAGUUCAAGUUAUAUGAACUUCUCCUAACACAUCGAAAAGAGAGCAAAUCAACAGUAUGCAUCACGGACAGAAUCAUCUGGCUCAGCUGUCAACUGGCAGGCUCGGGUCACAGUGAUGGUCUUCAUAAAGCUCAAGCAAUUGAUUCAUGUCUUAAACUCUUGGAAAGUUAUGGUUCAGUUGGCAAGGAUGGUGUGGUUGAUGCUGUCCUUAGUCUCUUACUUGCCCUUGCUAAGCCUGAUGGAGGAGAGAAUGGCUUAACACCCACCUCCCACUAUGACUCGUGUCAUGUCACACGUACAACUCAAGUUAUGCAUGGACCUGAUCAUGAUCCAUUAUUUUAUGACAAAAUCAUAAAAUUACCUGAUUACUCAAAGAAUGGAUUUAGUGGCCAUAACUUAGCCAAAUGGGAACAGUAUGAUUCAUUUUUCCCUUGUCUUAAUGUUGAUGUUGUCCACAAUCUACAUAAAUCCAAAUUUGAUGAUAAAAUUAUUGAAUCUUUCAACAAACAUGGUAGUGCCAAGCAAUCUAAACAUGGAGCAAGGAAAGCAACUAAAUCACGCUCAAAUAAGGUGUCAAAAUUUCAUAAAGAUCAGAGAAGAGAAAUCAUAGAAGCAAAUUCAUAUCAUGACAAUUUACCAAAAAACGAGUUAGGCUGGAUGAAGUUAUGUUCUGGACUGCCAGGCUGUGGGAUCAGCCACUGGUUCUUUCCUGAAGACAAAGUGAAGCCUGAUGUCAAGAACUGCCUCGGGGCAACAGUUAGUGCCAUCCAUCGAGACUUGAGUCCUUCCUCUUCUCGUCUGACUGUACCACGGCUGCCUGAAGAUGGCUCCUCCCCCAUCAUCAUUUUUCCUUCAAUGCACUUUGCCAAAACCGAAGCCCAAGUUCUCCCUGAACGGCAGAAGCCCUCCAGCAGCAGCAGCAUACACAGCACAGACGAAGGCUACAACUCGUCUCAAGGAAGCGGUCGCUUCUCUCCCGAUGUCGGCGAUGUCGUAAAUGCUUUCCACACUCCACAACAUUGUCCCUGUGACGGAACACGGGCUUGUCUCAAGUGCGAUCCCACCGCCGUGUGGGAGGAGGUUGCUGAGCAGCGACUCUCUCUCGGUGGAUGCCGGCCAAAGACAUGGGAAGAAUAUCAGAUAAAACUCCUGCAGAGACAAGGAAAUGUUAGGAAGAGGAAAGCUGACCGUUUGAUUGAGGAGCUGCAUAAUAAAAAAGAUCUUCCGUCCAUAAUCAAUGCUGGAACUGCAACUACACACAAUGUCUGGUACGAGCUGCAGGCGCGCUGGCGCCUAAUUCUGCCUCCGUCACCACACCGCGGUGCCGCCUCAGUGCCUGCCGUGCCCAGGAACACAGCAUCGCCUGAACGUGUACCCAAGUUAUGUGUUGUGUCAUCGUCUCUGUUGUGUCAGCGUGUGCUGUAUGCCGUCAUCGGCCUACCAUCAGACACUUUCCUCUACAAUGUUACUACGGAGUGUUUUUCAGUGACCCGUGGCACUUGUUACAAUGGGGUUACUCCUGAAGCUUUACUACCAAUGCUCAAAGAGUUCGCAAUCACUGCAACACAUUAUCGCAGACUUGAGUUGCUGUGUGAGUCGUUCAGCAGUCGCGGCUGCAGAAACAGUUCUGAUGAUGCCAUCUCUGCUGCGUUCAUAACAUCACUUCGCGCUCUUCUCCACAAUUUCCGGGGCGAAAUAUUGCAACUGCUGGGAUGUGAUCACUUCCUCCAACUUCGAAUGUCAUUGGAUGACUAUUUGCAGCGUGUAAAUUUCCUGGCUCGUAUUUGCUUCAUCAGCGACGAUCAAACUUCGUCCUUCUCAAAUAAGUUGACGCAUCAUGACGACCUUAAAAGCUUUACUCCUACUGCUACUGAAGCUAAAACUCCGGUUGACGAUCAAGGUCUAAUUUGUAGUGGUAAAAGCACUCGUAAGUCAUACAAUAAAGAAAAUAGCUCGGAUUCCUGCAUCCAAACAAAGAACGCACAAUGGCGGUUUGGACUGCCUGGAGGCUUGAGUUUGCUGGGUUCUCUUCUCAAUGAACUCGUCGAGCCCUGUUCAAAAUCUUGCUCUGUGCUGCUGCUCAGACUACUUGCUGCUGCCGCUCAGCCGUUUCUCAGGAGUCUAGAGCGCUGGGUGUUCGAAGGUAUUCCCUGCUCUUCUGUGGUCUCCGUCAACCACGAAGCGCUGAGUUAUAAAGACCGUCGCUUCUACUCGGAAGCUUUCAGUGUGCCUCGUGGCGGCAUAAAGAACGGUGUUCCUCAGUCCCCAGUUCCUGCUCUCUUCACUGAACUCCUGCACUCCGCCCUGGGAGCCGGCAAGGAUAUGAAUUUCUUGAAAAUUAUCGAGCCGCAGCACGCGCUCGUUCGUCGCCUGCGCUCCGCCCCCAGCCUGCGUGUGUGCGUGAGGGCAAGGCAAGUGGGCGGUGUUCGGAAGCAGUGCACUGCGUACGUGGCGGCGGUGCAGCGAGUGCUGCGUGUCCAGCAGGAGCUGGUGCUCUCACGAAGGACUGAGUUGGCUCAUCGCAAACAGCAGCAGAUGGAUGACUCGGUCAAGGCGCGACGGCAGGCAGAAACUGACAGGCAAGACGCCGCGGCGGCUGCACUGCGGGAGCGGCAGCAGCACCAGCAGGCGUUGAUGGCUGCCAUGCGUGCGGCGGAUGCUGAGGCAAAGAACGUGCGGGCCCGGGAACUUCGAGCUCAAGAGGAGAAGGAGCUGCAGCUCGAGCAGCAGUGGCAACGCCAGCAAGAACAGCUGCAGCUCCAGCACCUGAAACUCAAGGAUGCGGUAGAGAAGUUCUACGGAAAUUUGUCAGCCGUAACAGAUUCCCGGGACUCUGACCACGACCGUGUGAGGGCUCAAGAGACACGUGCCCAUGCGCUCUCUAAAGAAGAGUCGGACGUUGUCCUGCCUGACGAUGACAAGAACGCGUCGGACUGCAGCGACUCCGAAGAGGAAAGUCCUUCUGACGUUACGACCGUAGUUCGUUUGCAGCACCAGCUGCAGAAACAAACAUCCUCGGACGAUGUUGAGGACAGCCUGGAAAACACUGCACCGGCCGACGAAUUUCGCCAGAAAGUUGACGGAGAUGGUGCUGUAAAAGUAGUACCUUUUGACUCCAUGGGAAACCUCGAUGAGAAAUUAAAUAAAGAACUCGAGGACGUUUGUCCUGAAUUAGUGCAGAACUUGGGAAAAGAUGACGAAGAGCCUCUUGCUGCCGACGCAGUGGCAGCAGACAAUUGUACAGAUUCAGAAGCCGCCAUGACAGCGUCAGCCAUGAGCACCUCAUCUGACGCUACUGCUGGAGGCGAUGCCCUGACUGACCUAUCGCCUGAUGGUUGUCCUGAUGACGAAAAUGACACCAAUAAAGUUGGCAGAGAAAAAGAAUUCUUGUCGUGGAAGGAACUCUCCCGGGACGAGUCAUUGAAAUCAGCCUUGGCUCAGGACACACAAAAAGAAGCUUUGCGUAACAAAAAUCGUUUCAUGGAAUCCAAUGUAUUUUCAAAUGCCAACGAAGAAUGUGUCCACAAUAAUCGAAAUACGCGUAAAGAUACUAUCAGCUCAAUUUUUUCUGACGAUUGUUCAAUUGAUUUGAAUGUUAACCAGAUUAGAGUUAAGACCGUAAUUGGCGAGGAAGCUGCUGCAAUAAGGAAGAAGAUACUAGAACAGGAAUAUGGAUUGAUCAUAAGUGACGCAAAUGCAAACUUGAACGUCAAUGAAUCUGUGGGCACAAAUAUUAAUAAUUUGAAUGCCAGAGCAACAGAAGAAGCUGUCGAUGUGGAAAAUAAUGAAUGCACUCCUCAAUAUAAUUUGAAUUGCGAAGACAAUCCAGGGACACAAGUUGAAAUAAAGUUAACGUCCCUAAAAGAGAAAACUUCCGAGAUGGAUGAAUAUUUGCACAACAGACUUGCUAAUGCAGAGAACAAGAAAAAAAUGCUAGAUCAAGAGUACGGCUUAUUCGAAACAGAAGCAAUCCUAAACCAUGAUGUUGACACUCUCGCCAAUGUUGCAUUUGGGAACAAGGGUCGUGAUGUAGCAGACGACCCUUUUGAACCUACAAGUGCUAUCUCUGACCGCGGUUUUGAUUCUGAAUGCCUAAGUGGCAUCUCAGAUCAAAUAAAAGUAUCUGAUUUGACUCAAGAAACAGCUGAUGGUUCUCGUAGCGAUCCAAAGCCAUCAGAUUCUCUGGAAUUGGAUACUGGGAGCGUAGCUCGGUCGUCAGCCACCGUCAUAAGCAAGGAAGAAACUUACAAACUAAUCAUCCCCGUAAGCAACUCGCCUCUACAAGAGGAGCAGGAGUCUCGAGACGAGCAGGAAGAAAGUCUUCAUGGCAGCGGCGUGCCUGAGGAAAAUGCAGCACCGCCCAUACGAUCACCUUUGCCCCCACACUCCCUCUACUUCGCACUCUCUCUCAACGAUAAAACGCCUCUUUUGGACAUCCUCGGUACUGCUCUCAAUGGGCACCCAUCGCGAUGCUCGUCUGCCGUAGGCGAGAAAAAUCCAAGAAAUUUGGAAUCCUCGACCCAAGACAAGUUUCAAAACUACGAUGAAAAAUCGGACUUCUCUUGUUCACUCGUACCUAAGGAAGCCGAAGAAUUUGGACCUUCAGCUGCGAACGUUGAUCAAUCUCCUGUUACAGUAAACAAUAAUGCAUCGCUACUUUCGGCAGAAAACGCGGACAUUGAACCUAAAACUUUACAUGGCACCAAACACAACUCUGGUUCGGACGACAGUGACCAUAAAAAUAAAGAUGAUAAGAACGAGUUAACUCUAUUGGGCGUGUCAGAUGAUGAAGAUGCAGAUCUGGUGCCAGACGGCAGCUUGAUGACCGUGCCCGUGCACAUCCUACGAGCGCUGUCGCUGGUCGUAAACACGCAGUUGUCGGUAUGCGGUCGUGCUGCAGUGCUGUCGUUGCUGCACACGCACGGUUUGCUGCACGACUUCACUGCCAUCAGGGAGUGGCUGCUGCUGCAGGACGCUGCAUACGCCGCGUCUCUCACAACCGCGCUCACGAAACAUCAAGAGUCCGGCAAACUUCCUGUGACUGUGUUGACCCCCAUGGUGCUGAACAGCGUCAUCAGCAGCGCUCUGGCUGAGUCUGCUCGCGGUAAUUCAGCACGAGCUGAGCAGCUCUCCUUCGUGCUGCUAGAAGGCGUUUCUCCACCGCCGUCUUUUACUUACGCAAGCUCCAUCACGUCGCUGGUGCGGCUGCAGUACCGCGUGUCGUGGCCCUCGUGCGUGGUGCUGACGCCUGAACUGCUGCAGGGCUUCUCACGCGUGUCCAGCCUCCUGCUGAGCGUCCACAGCGCCCUACACGCCGCCGAUGUCAUCUUCUCUCAUGUCAAGCUCUUGGGUCGGCUGGAGGGCCGCAGGUUGACGCGCAGUCCGCAGUUCCACGCAGUUUGCCUGCAGCGCCACAACAUCGCGCAUUUCUUGCGCUCGCUGCACACCUUCCUGCAUAGCCAGGUUUUGAGUGUGUGUGGUGGAGGUGAUGAUGAAGACGAUGCUGCUUGUGAUGCCCUCGUGGGUGACUGCUCUUCCAUGGACCAGCUCAGCGAGUCUCUGCACGCAUCUCUCACUGCUCUGUCUAAACGGUGUUUCCUGAGCUCCAAAGCCUCGCCUGUGCUGGCGCUGCUGCAGAAGCUGCUGAGCCUCGUGCAUCUAUUCAAAGCGCAGCUCAUGGCGCACAACUGGAUCUUGCAAGCCACCGACUCAGGCGGCUCUGAGUACCGUCACAGAGCAUUCGCUUCCCUCCAGUCCACUCAUUCAACGUUCCGCUCCAACGCUGCCAUCUUCACCAAGCUGUUGACGCGUGUACGGGCGACGCAACACGUGCAGCAUGUCGAGGAACUCCUCGCGCUCAUUGACUACAAUCAGCAUUACUCACCUGAAUCAACGAGAUGACCGAUAUCAACGCUUCAAUUCUGCUCAGCAUUACU